UAUGGAGUGGAAGGUGAAGGGGAGAAGACUUGCGGGAUAAGGAGGGAAGGAAGGCAGGGAGGCUGGUGCUUGCCGACGGGGCGAAGGAGCUGGGCGAGUGAUAGUGAACAUGCCCGGGCGGCUGCUGUUUAAUUGGGAGCGUGGAAGCGGGUACAAGGCUUCUCAAACCGAGGUGGGGGAGGUGAAGAGGAAAGCAAAGGCAGGCAGGCCUGUUCUGUUGAAACUGGAUGAAGAAAAAGAAUGGAUAUGGGUAACCAACAUCCAUCUAUCAAAAGGCUGCAAGAAAUACAAAAAGAAGUCAAAGAGUUUGAAUCUCAAGUAGUAGCCUUCAGUGGUUUGUCCAGUGAUAGAGCUUACAAGAAAUUAGAAAGGACUUUGACUAAACAGCUUUUUGAAAUAGAUUCUGUGGAUGCUGAAGGAAGAGGUGAUGUUCAGCAAGCCAGAAAGAGGGCUGCCCAAGAAACUGAGAAACUGCUUAAGGAACUAGAGCAGAAUGCAAACCAUCCCCAAAGGCUGGAGAUCGAAUCCAUAUUUAACGAGGCACAGGCAUUGGUGGAGCAGGAAAUCACUGCCUUUUAUAAAGGAGGCAACUGUGUAACUGAGGAAUUUGAAGAAGGUUUACAGGAUAUAAUUUUUAGACUCACUCAGGUAAAAACUGGAGGGAAAAUUUCUCUGCGGAAAGCCAGAUAUCGCACCCUGACCAAAAUAUGUGCUGUUCAAGAAAUUAUAAGUCGUUGUACAAAGCAGCAGCCUUCCCUGCCAUUGUCUAGUGAUGCACAUCCUUCUGUUUCCAAAAUUAAUUCUGUCAUAGGAGAUGUGAACAAAGCAAAAGGGACUCUUAUUGCUGUAUUAAUGGGAGUAAACAACAAUGAGACCUGUAGACAUUUAUCCUGUGUACUCACAGGUCUGAUUGCUGAUCUGGAUGCCUUAGAUGUAUGUGGUCACCCAGAAAUAAGAAACUAUCGUAAAGAAGUAGUGGAAGAGAUCAAUAGAUUGCAAAAAUAUCUGGAUCUGGAAGAAGAAGCAGAUUCCACUUAUGCUUAUGACUUGGCACAAAACGGAUCCAUUAUAAAAAUAGAAGAAAUACGCAAUAACAUGAAAGAAGUUAAAGGUUCCCUUUUAAAAAUAGAGAAAGCUUCAGAUUUGUAUCUAAAGUCAAAGACAGAGUUGCAGGGGUUAAUCGCCCAGUUGGAUGAAAUAAGUCCAGGCAAUAAUCCCUGCAUCCGAGAAGCCAGGAGGCGAGCCGUGAUAGAAGUGCAAACCCUCAUAACUUAUACUGACUUAAAGGAAGCACUUCUUAAACAACAAACCUUUGUAGAGCAAACAGAAACAGAAACAGACGUCUCAUCACAAAGAGCAAUUUGGAAUAUUCUUGGAAACGUAGCUCAGAUUCAGCAAGAGGUGUUGUCUUUUGAUGGGAACAGAACUGAUAAGAACUACAUGCGGUUAGAGGAGCUCCUCACCAAACAGCUUCUAGCACUUGAUGCUAUAGAUCCUCGAGAUGAGCAUUCAAAAGUAUCCAGGAAACAGGCAGUGAAGCUUGCACAGAACAUUCUUUACUAUUUGGACAUGAAAACUGAUGAAUGGGAGUACUAAAAUAAUAUUGGUCUUGUGUGCUAGAUGUUGGUUUCUCUCUUGCACUUUAUAACAGUCAGUCUCCCUGUUACUAUAAGACUAACAGUUCCAUCAUUUGCUCAUCUGUUUGAGGUUGAGUAAAAGUUGGACUGGGCUAAGCAGCAACUUUUUCCUGCUCGUGCAAUCAGGCAGUGAAGGCAGUCCAAUUAUGUUACAGUUUUUGUCAUAGCCUGUUUUCUGUUGUUUGCAUGAUUUGUGAAGAAGACUCCCAAAACUGCAUCUCCAGCUGUUGCCUAAAGCUUUCUAUAUAAAAUUCUACACCAAGACAAAAUACAGUCUUGUAAAAUCAAAGCAAAAUUAAUGAGAAAAUCCAGUGCAAAUGUCAGUCAGCCUUAAACCAGUUUAGAUGUUUGCAGUUGUCUGGUUCAAUCCAGUCGCAAUCCAAAGGAUUAAAUGCAAAUUACUCAUGGCUGUUUUGUGUGUUUGAUUUAAUCUUGCUGAUCUUUCAUCUGAGAUUUUUUUAAUAGUUUGGCAUAAUAUGAAACAUGAACAUAUCUGAAAUAUAGAUAUAAAUUUGUAAUUGCAUACUUUCUUCUGAUUUCCAUAGGAUUAUUUCAGAAUUAACAGAGUUACAGUCGAUCACCUUGCACAUUCUGGAAUUCUCAUUAUGUAACAGCGUUCCAUGCGCCUUUGGCGUUUAGUCAUGACAGCCACAUGACCACGGAGAUGUCUUCAGACAGCUCUGGCUCUUCAGCUUUGAAACGGAGAUGAGCACUGCCCCCUAGAGUGGGGAACGACUAGUACAUUUGUGUGAGGGGAACCUUUACCUUUUUAAACUAGAGGAACACCAGAAUAUAGAAAUGGUACUUUAAAGAUAGAAUGCACAGCAUAAGUUGAAUAUAUAUUUUCUGAAUUAUGGUGAACUUUUCAGUAAUCAAUGAUUCUGAAUUUGGGAUCUUAAUAGCUGUGUAGAUAUUUUCCUUUAAUUUUGUGAUGAUUUGGUAGAUAUUGGGCAACUUGUCAAACAUUCCUUGCAUUUUUUAGAUUGAUUCAUCAAUUCUUUCUC